UAUUUCAACUUAAUUCACCCAUGCGAAAUGCAAAUGCACUUCUUUUUUUAUGUUCGACCAUGCUGAACUGUGUCAGGGAUCUCCAGCACGGAACCAAAUAAUCGCUCAAUUUGAACGUGAAACAUUUUUUUUGAAAACGUGCACACGCUAACUGGCUAGCUAACGCAAAGCAAGCUCAGUGCAGAGCUAACUGUUAGCAGGGACUGAGAGCUAGCCACAUUCAACAAAAAGAUGAAUUGGUAUCGUCGUGGGAAAUUAAUGCUUUUGCUACCGCCUGCAACCGGAGUGUGUGUGUUACCAUGCGGUGCUUCCACUAAAGCUCACAUUAAGAGUUUUGCAGCUUGUGUGUUAAAAGUUAGCAUGUUUGCGUGACCUGUAGCAGAAGUUCGACGAUGCCUUUCCUCCGGACGUGCUCGGUACCUGAAGGUCGGAAAAGUGACAAAAAAGAUCAUUUUCAUUUUAGCCUGAAGCUCAACUCCUCCGGUCCUUUGGGAUCAUGGCUAAAGAUGCUGGUCUGAUAGAAACAAAUGGAGAGCUGAAGGUUUUCAUCGAUCAGAAUCUGAGCCCCAGCAAAGGUGUCCUAUCUUUGGUUACUGUCCAGCCUACAGCAGCUCCCGUGGCCAAACAGUUACUACCCAAAACUCUUGGGCCAUCCAAUGUGAAUAUUGCUGCACACAUGCAACAUGUGCCACACAUGGUGAUCGGAACACCACAGAGGCCUACGAUACCCAAUGCCAUUUUGGUAAACAGUCCCCAUACUCCCAGUUCUCAGUUCCUUGCUCAGAGUCAACCUUCUGAUGCCUCUCCCUGGUCAUCAGGGAAACGAGGUAAAAAAGGAGAGAAGAAUGGAAAGGGCUUAAGGCAUUUCUCCAUGAAAGUGUGUGAGAAGGUGCAGAAGAAGGGAGUAACCACCUACAAUGAAGUGGCAGAUGAGCUGGUUGCAGAAUUCAGCUCUGCAGACAACCACAUGUCACCCAAUGACUCGCAUGUGUAUGACCAGAAGAACAUUCGGCGGCGUGUGUACGAUGCACUCAAUGUGCUCAUGGCCAUGAACAUUAUCUCGAAAGAGAAGAAAGAAAUAAAGUGGAUAGGCCUUCCCACAAACUCAGCGCAGGAGUGCCAAAACCUAGAGGUGGAGAGACAAAGACGGCUGGAGAGGAUUAAGCAAAAACAAUCACAGCUUCAGGAGCUCAUACUACAGCAAAUAGCUUUUAAGAACCUUGUUCAGAGGAACAGACAGACAGAGCAGCAAGCAAUCAGACCUCCACCUCCCAACUCCAUCAUCCACCUUCCGUUCAUUAUCGUCAACACCAGCAAGAAAACGGUCAUCGACUGCAGCAUCUCUAAUGACAAGUUCGAGUAUUUGUUCAAUUUCGACAGCAUGUUUGAGAUCCACGAUGACAUCGAGGUGCUGAAGCGGAUGGGCAUGGCGUGUGGUCUGGAGGUUGGAAAAUGUUCUCCAGAAGAUCUGAAGGUCGCACGCAGCCUGGUGCCCAAAGCUCUGGAGCCCUACGUUAUAGAAAUGGCCAAGGGUCCUAUCAGUAACGUCUACAUCACUGGAGGGUCCUCUGCCAAUGGAACACGUUACCCUGCGAGCAGUGACGGUUGCACUGACGGCACCAUGGCCUCCAGCUCAAAUGACUCUCACUACAGCGGCUCUCGUGUGGAGACUCCAGUGUCUUAUAUGGGUGAUGAUGACGACGAUGAAGAGUACGAUGAGAACGAGGACGAGGACUAAAAUCGUCUAUGCCACGCCACUCCAACAAGCACAGACCCCCCCCCCCCCCCACCUUCAUUGUGGGAAUUUAGGUCCCCUUUUUUUGUGUGCUUCUCAAACCUUUCCCCCCCGUCCCCCCUCCCUAUGCCUGUAUUUCUGUCCGGCUUUCUCAGGGGUGUAGAUGAUGUUGAAAGAACAGAGGUGUGCAUGGCACCCAUCUUUUUUCUGCUCCUGAAUCACGUGCACCUGCACCACCACCACCGCCGCUCUGGGGGAGGCGUCGUCCAAGGGAACUGUAGUCUGUCGGCCCGGCGCACCACGCUCAAGUCUUUGUAUGUCUACUCCACGUCUCAAUAAGCCAUCCCACUCUAAAGAAGAAAAAAAAACAAACCUCAGUAAAACGUACUGCUGUUGGAGAAUGUAUUAUGUACCUGUUUGAAUAGUUAUUACUUUGCGAUGACAAAGCGGCAGACAUGACGAGGAUCAAAAUGUUCAAAGAUGGCCAAAAGUGUCUGCUUUAACAUGCCCUGUUAGUGCAUUUACCAUGGUUUCUGAAAUGCCUGAUACAGUUGUCAUGGCAACACAGGAUGGGGCUCCAUCAGGUGUGUUGAUGAAUUUUUUUGUUUUGUGUUCUGGGCAAUAAUUUGAAAUAGUUUCUUAUCCUCUAUUGUGUUGGGCUGGCUUCCUUCUGUUCUGUAGGCAGCCAUGUUUUCCUGAUUUAUUUUUUUUGCUAGAGUUUUUUUUUUUUUUUUUUGUAUUCUGGAUUUAAAAGGACUUCUCCAUCACCACCCUGAUAACGCCUUGGUUAGUGUUUACAGAAUAAUGGCACCAGCAAGGUAAAGACUUUUAUAACCCAGGCUCCUUCUAGGUAAAUAAGCUUUGUUUGUGAAUUACGUAUAUGAACCCUACGACGAUUGUAGCUUAUAGUAUCCUUUUAGAGGCCAGUGGUAAAAGAUAGACCUUCAAAAUUUAUCGAUGUAAAAAAUAAAUGUGUGGUUGCAUAGGUCUUUAUGUACUCCCUUUAAAGAUCUCCCUUUUAAAAACUCAGCAACACAUGUACUGACUCUUCCAAAUACCUUUUUCUGUAAUCUAAUAUAAGUUUGCAAAAAUAAAUAUAGAUUGUUUUAAUAA